UUAUUUUGGAGCGAGGUUGUAAGGCUCCGCGUAUGUUUACCUUUGCAAAGCAUACGCACCCGUCGUGUAGUCGCGGCUUUGCCAUCGUUUGACAGUUGCGGCUUUGCGAAUCGCAUCAGUUUGUAAACAAACGCUCCGCAGUGGGAUAAAGUUGUGCGAAACCAUACACCAACGAUGCAUUAAAAUGAGCACCGACACGGAAAACAACGAAGUGGACAGCGCCAAACAGGCGCUGAUCGGUGCGCUGGGCGACAAAUGGACGAUGUACCUGGCCAACAUGAAGCUUUGGUUUCGCAAGAAACACUCGAAGGAAGAGUUUGAUCUCGAGUGCCGCAAGCUGUUCAGCACGAGCCAGCUCCACCUGCACAACCGCUUUCUGUUGGCCAUUCUGAACAAAAUUGACGCCGUUUCGGUACCGCAGACCACCACGAUCCAUUACGAUGGUACGCAGAUGGGCGCGGGUUCCGGUGCGUACGGUACGGUAGGCGAUGGCACGGGCUACAGCUGCCUGGCCUCGAUGCAGCAACACGACGGACGCAGCAGCAAGAAACGUAAACGAUCGUCUAAGUCCUCGUCGGAUCGGUCCACCUUCGAACCGAUCUCACCGUACGACUAUAUACCGCGAGAACCGGCCGCCCCGGACACGGAACAUGCUUCAGCGGCCCAGUGCGGCAUGGGCACACAUCCGACGUUGCGCUAUGCCGCACAGGAACUGUUUCUGCCCGACAAUGGGCUGGUGCUGGGCCGGUUGCUUGUCGGCGCCUGGGAGCAUGGGCUCGCCAGUGCCGAUGAUGCGGCGGUCGAGCUGAUCGUCAGCUCGGUGCAGGUGUUGCUGAAAAACAUCCUGUCCGCCGUCAUCAUGAACCGGAAGCAUUGCCGCGUGACUGCGAACGGCACGUUCUACUACGACGUGGGCCACGGGACGAAUCAGACGGUCGUACGCAACACGGUCACGAAGAGCAAAAUCGACGAUGAACCGAUGGAGCUGGACAGGGAGAUUAUGUGUUACGUGAAAACGCCUCCGACAGAUUCUACGUUUCUGGCAAGCUGCGAACAGCUAUAUCCUACCGUGAGCCGGAAAAUCAACGCCUUCGAGCUGUACCGAGCGCUGCAAGACCGGAACCUCAUUUCCUCACACUCAGUGUACUCGACGAACAUGGAACGAAUUUCGAGCCAACUGUCGUAGGUAAGGUUGCCGCCAUUAAUUCAUGUGCGUAAUAAGUGUAGUAGCAUCCGGGAAAUGGCGCUUUACAGGAGUAAAAGGUUCCUUUAAAAACAAAGGUUCAACUCGUACGCUUCGUAACUUGCUUGCUAACAAGUGAAAUACAUGUAAAAGUGUGUUAUGUGUAAAAAAAACAGCAUAUAA